GUUUCUUCCAGGCACCGCGGUCUCGGCGCUGCUCCGCACACCGUCAGGUUAGCCCGUCUUCCUUGCUGCGGGGCUUGCACCGCCAGCGCAACCCAGGCCGCCGGUCAGCCUCGGCCCCGAGGACGCGGGGACAGCCCGGGAGCGCGGAGCCACUGGCUGUCCACGCGGGGACCGUGGGCACCCACCCGCCAGGCUCCCAGCCACUCUCCCCCGCAACUUUGCGUGCUUUGUUCGCUGGCUGGAAAUGACUCACCGAAGCGCUGUGGACAGGGUCUUAGCCAGUCGGCAAGGGCUCGAUCCGGAGACGUGUUACGCUCUCAGCUUCCCAUCAAUUAUGGAUGGAAACAAAUAAGGAAGAGUCAAUUUUGUAUGAGCCGCUUCUUCAGCGGCCAAAGGCGUCCUGUAGCCGGGAGCAGCGGCAGGCAAGGCGAGCUCAACAUCCAGGUAGCUAGGUGGGAUUUCUGAGGAGGGGCCCUCAGAUUUCUUCUUGGCCAACCAUGAGGUUCUUCCUGCUGUGGUUCUGCGUGCUGUUCCUUCUGGCCUCCAGGUUACGGGCAGUCAGCUUCCCUGAAGACGACGAGCCCCUUAACACUGUCGAUUAUCACUAUUCUAGGCAAUAUCCGGUUUUUAGAGGACGCCCUUCAGGCAACGAAUCGCAGCAUAGGCUGGACUUUCAGCUGAUGUUGAAAAUUCGAGACACACUUUAUAUUGCUGGCAGAGAUCAAGUCUAUACAGUGAACUUAAAUGAAAUCCCCAAAACAGAGGUCAUACCAAGCAAGAAGCUGACGUGGCGGUCCAGACAACAGGAUCGAGAAAACUGUGCUAUGAAAGGCAAGCAUAAAGAUGAGUGCCACAACUUUAUCAAAGUCUUUGUUCCAAGAAACGAUGAGAUGGUUUUUGUCUGUGGUACCAAUGCUUUCAACCCAAUGUGUAGAUACUAUAGGUUGAAUACCUUAGAGUAUGAUGGGGAAGAAAUUAGCGGCCUGGCACGAUGCCCAUUUGAUGCCAGACAAACCAAUGUUGCCCUUUUUGCUGAUGGGAAGCUGUAUUCUGCCACAGUGGCUGACUUCCUGGCCAGUGAUGCUGUCAUUUACAGAAGCAUGGGGGAUGGAUCUGCCCUUCGCACAAUAAAAUAUGAUUCCAAAUGGAUCAAAGAACCACACUUCCUUCACGCCAUCGAAUAUGGAAACUAUGUCUAUUUCUUCUUCCGAGAAAUCGCCGUGGAACAUAAUAACUUGGGCAAGGCUGUGUAUUCCCGCGUGGCUCGCAUUUGUAAGAACGACAUGGGUGGCUCCCAGCGGGUCCUGGAGAAACACUGGACUUCCUUCCUGAAGGCUCGGCUUAACUGCUCUGUCCCCGGAGAUUCCUUUUUCUAUUUCGACGUCCUGCAGUCCAUCACAGACAUAAUUCAAAUCAAUGGUGUCCCCACCGUGAUUGGGGUCUUCACCACGCAGCUCAACAGCAUUCCCGGCUCUGCCGUCUGUGCCUUCAGCAUGGAUGACAUUGAGAAAGUGUUCAAAGGGCGAUUCAAAGAACAGAAAACCCCUGACUCUGUUUGGACGGCAGUCCCCGAAGACAAAGUUCCGAAACCAAGGCCUGGUUGUUGUGCCAAACAUGGUCUCGCGGAAGCUUACAAAACCUCCAUCGACUUCCCAGAUGAGACCCUGUCUUUCAUCAAAUCCCAUCCCUUGAUGGACUCUGCUGUUCCACCCAUCGCUGAUGAGCCCUGGUUCACAAAGACACGGGUCAGGUACAGGUUGACGGCCAUCGAAGUGGACCGUGCAGCAGGGCCCUACCAGAACUACACAGUCAUCUUUGUUGGCUCGGAAGCUGGUGUGGUGCUUAAAGUAUUGGCGAAGGCCAGUCCUUUCUCUUUGAAUGACAGUGUAUUGCUUGAAGAGAUUGAGGCGUACAACCAAGCCAAGUGCAGCGCCGAGAGCGAGGAGGACAGGAAGGUCGUCUCCUUGCAGCUGGACAAAGAUCACCACGCUUUAUACGUGGCCUUCUCCAGCUGCGUCGUGCGCAUCCCCCUCAGCCGCUGUGAGCGCUACGGAGCCUGUAAAAAGUCCUGCAUUGCCUCACGGGACCCGUACUGUGGCUGGCUAAGCCAGGGCGUUUGUGAGAGAGUGACCAUAGGAAUGCUUGCUGGAGGAUAUGAACAAGACAUGGAGUACGGCAACACGGCCCACCUAGGGGACUGCCACGAAAGUUUGCCUACUUCAACUACACCAGAUUACCAAAUAUUUGGCGGUCCAACAUCUGACAUGGAGGUAUCUUCAUCUUCUGUUGCCACUGUGGCAAGUAGCCCAGAAAUUACAUCUAAAGUGCUUGAUACCUGGAGACCUAAACUGACGAGCUCCCGGAAAUUUGUAGUUCAAGAUGACCCAUACACUUCUGAUUUUACUGAUACUAUAUCAGGUAUCCCAAAGGGUGUGCGGUGGGAAGUCCAAUCUGGAGACUCCAACCAGAUGGUCCAUAUGAACGUCCUCAUCACCUGUGUGUUUGCCGCUUUUGUCCUGGGUGCGUUCAUCGCAGGCGUGGCUGUAUACUGCUACCGUGACAUGUUUGUUCGCAAGAACAGAAAGAUCCAUAAAGACGCCGAAUCGGCCCAGUCAUGCACAGACUCCAGUGGAAGCUUUGCCAAGCUGAAUGGCCUCUUUGACAGUCCCGUCAAGGAAUACCAACAGAACAUUGAUUCUCCUAAACUCUAUAGCAACCUGCUGACCAGUCGGAAGGAGCUGCCGCCCACCGCGGAUACAAAAUCCAUGGUCAUGGAGCAUCGAGGCCAGCCUCCAGAGCUGGCUGCUCUCCCCACACCCGAGUCCACGCCUGUGCUCCACCAGAAGACCCUGCAGGCCAUGAAGAGCCACUCAGACAAGGCCCAUGGCCACGGUGCUUCGAGGAGAGAACACCCCCAGUGUUUUCCUUCCAGUCCUCCACCCCACUCCCCGUUAAGUCAUGGGCACAUCCCCAGCGCUAUUGUUCUUCCAAACGCCACCCACGACUACAACACGUCAUUUUCAAACUCUAAUGCUCACAAAGCCGAAAAGAAGCUUCAGAAUAUCGACCACCCUCUUACAAAGUCCAGUAAGAGGGAGCACCGGCGUUCUGUGGAUUCCAGAAACACCCUUAACGACCUCCUGAAGCAUCUGAAUGACCCAAACAGUAACCCCAAAGCCAUCAUGGGAGAAAUCCAUAUGGCGCAUCAAACCCUCAUGCUGGACCCCGUAGGACCUAUGUCUGAGGUCCCACCCAAGGUCCCUAACCGGGAGGCAUCUCUGUACUCCCCUCCCUCAACACUCCCCAGAAAUAGUCCAACCAAGAGAGUCGAUGUCCCUACCACUCCCGGGGUCCCAAUGACAUCUCUGGAAAGACAAAGGGGUUAUCAUAAAAAUUCCUCCCAGAGGCACUCCAUAUCAGCUGUGCCUAAAAACUUAAACUCACCAAAUGGUGUUUUGUUAUCCAGACAGGCGAGUAUGAACCGUGGAGGGUAUAUGCCUACUCCCACGGGGGCGAAGGUGGACUACAUUCAGGGGACACCCGUGAGUGUCCAUCUGCAGUCUUCCCUCUCCAGACAGAGCAGCUACAGCAGUAAUGGUACCCUACCCAGGACGGGACUAAAGAGGACACCAUCCUUAAAACCUGAUGUGCCGCCAAAGCCUUCCUUUGUUCCUCAAACCACAUCGGUCAGACCACUGAACAAAUACACUUACUAGGCCUCCAGUGUGCUAUUCCAGUGUGGCUUUGUCCUGUCCCUGUUGUUGAGGUCCCUGUGAGGGUACCUUAAGACAAGAUACCUGCUUGUAUUUUAAGAGAAACAAGUAGCCAAAGAAACUCUGUAACUUUGGUAACAUCAGAACUUGCCACAUGUAGCUACUGCAUCCUGGCUUCUGUGUACUUGCCUGAAGCCGAGGGAGGUACUGGUCAUUCCAUUUCUCUUGUUUGAAGCUGAAGGGGUGUGUAGCCUGGAAGGGCUCCCUUCGCCAGUAGAAAGAGCUGAUACAGUACUCAGAAGACUGAACAAAUACUUGAAAAUGGGUUCAAUGUAGACUGCCAUUAUGUGUGGUCUUCCCAUUAAAUGUGAACAUUUUAAUAUGUAUGCAUUCACCUUGCCUCUUGCACAAAUGUCAAAAUGAAAAGAUGGGAAUGUCUCAAAACAAAAUGAGCUUGUAGAUUACCAAGCAGUUUGCUAAAAAAAAAAAAUCAAUCUUUGACCCAAACUGUAGCAUUUUUUUUUUCAUGUGUGGCACUGUUUUUUUUUUAUUUGAUGCCACGAACAAACCUGUAUGAGAGGUGUGUGUGUGUGUGUGUGAGAGAGAGAGAGAGAGAGAGAGAGAGCGAGCUCUGUGCCCAUUAAGAUUUAUUUAGGUGCCCAUUGCGUCUUUUUGUACUAUGGAGUUGUUUACACUAAGCAUGACUGAAGACAGCUAACUUCCUCCCACACCAAUCCAUUGUGUUCAGCUCCGAGAAAGGAGGUCGAGGCUCCUUUGACUGUCAAGUGAUUAACUUAACCUAUGUGGUACCCAAUGUCAGAACAUGUAAGAGUUCUAAAUAAUGUUGUGCUGCUAUCAUCAAAACUUCUCUUCGAGCCUUGCCAGUUUAAGAGGCUAGAGUUAUUAAGAUGUACCUUUAAUGUAUCUACCAGUAUUCAGUAGUAACGUUUACCCGUCCACUGUGAAUCAAAGCUACCUAACCCUGGACACACUCAUAAGUGUUUCUUUUGAUUGUGUUAUUUUAUUUUCCACAUAGCAAAAAAAAAAAAUUUUUCUUCUGUUCACUCUUCCUUCCCCCAAGACAGAAAGAGAAAACCGAAACAGAGGACGAAAGAAAGAGACAGAAAAGGAAUUGCAGUCGGCUCACCAGGGAGGGUGUGAAAGCCCACAGUGGUGCCGCCCUGUCCUCUGUGCUGUGUUCUGAGGAUGGUCUCCUGAGUCAUGCAGGCAGUGACAGUAAACUGUAAAUACCACAUGUGAGUUUACCCGGAUCUGUACAUUUUGUGCCUUAUUCACGAGAGUGGUAGGAGUUCUGCAGUACGUUGCGUGUUUCCGCUAUUAGCGCAUCAUUUCCCGUGUGCCAGUUGUAAAUGUUUUUCAGCCAGCGCCCGACGACUUAUUACAAAGUCAGAAAGCAAUUUGUUGUUGAACUCUCCCCGCCCCCGCCCCCGCCCCC